CUCACCGGCUUCCCCACCCCACCUGGCGGGCCGGCCCUCGGCCUCCAGCCCCCUCUCCCCACAUGCCCGAGGAGCCAGGGGCCAACAUGGACCUUCUUAUUGAUAUCAGCUGAGUCUGGAAGCCUCAUCCCGGGGAGGCCAUGGAGAGGGACAGCCGCCCGAACGCUUCCCCGGCAAGGACUCCAGCCCGGGCAUCACCUUCCAGGUCCUCCUCCGGCAUGUCACCGUCCGGCAGGUCACCGUCCGGCAGGUCACCGUCCAGCAAGUCACCGUCCGGCAGGUCACCAUCCGGCAGGUCACCAUCCGGCAGGCAACCAUCCAGCAGGUCACCGUCCGGCAUGUCACCAUCCGGCAGGUCACCAUCUGGCAGGCAACCGUCCAGCAGGUCACCGUCUGCCAAGCCGGCCUCCACAGCAUCCCCUCCGAGGAGAGUGCACCUGGUCAGAGCAACACCCGUGGGGGCCACACCCAUCCGGGCCUCUUCUGCCACAUCAGCACCAGCUACCAGGGCCGCCGGGGAGACCCCAGGUGCCUGCUCCCCCAAGUUCUCCUGGCAGGAGGGCCAGAAGCGGCUGCCGCUCAUCGGGUGCGUCCUCCUGCUCAUCGUGCUGGUGGCUGCCCUCAUCCUGCUCUAUGGGGGACGAGAGCCCCAGAGUUCGAGAGGGAUUGCAGUCUACUUCUGGAGGGGCCACACGAGGAUCAAGUACAAGGAGGCGGUGGAGAGCUGCCCCCGGCACGCUGUGCGCUGCGACGGCGUGGCUGACUGCAAGCUGAAGAGUGACGAGCUGGGCUGCGUGAGGUUUGACUGGGACAAGUCUCUGCUCAGAGUCUACUCAGCCUCCUCCCACCAGUGGGUCCCCGUCUGCAGCGACAGCUGGAACAGCUCCUACUCAGUGAAGGCCUGCCAGCAGCUGGGCUUUGAGAGUGCUUACCGGACAGGCGAGGUGGCCUACAGGGGUGCCACCAGCAGCUUCUCCAUCUCCAAAUACAACUCCACCCUCCAGGAAAGCCUCUACAGAUCUGAAUGCCCUUCCCAGCGGUACGUCUCUCUCCAGUGUUCCCACUGCGGACUGAGGGCCAUGACGGGGCGGAUCGUGGGAGGGGCACUGGCCCCCGAGAGCAAGUGGCCUUGGCAAGUCAGCCUGCACUACGGCACCACCCACAUUUGCGGGGGCACGCUGAUCGACGCCCAGUGGGUGCUCACGGCUGCCCACUGCUUCUUUGUGACCCGGGAGAAGAUCCUGGAGGGCUGGAAGGUGUACGCCGGCACCAACAACCUGCAGCAGCUGCCCGAGGCGGCCUCCAUCUCCCAGAUCAUCAUCAACGGCAACUACUCUGACGAGCAGGACGACUACGACAUCGCCCUCAUGCGCCUCUCCAAGCCCCUGGCCCUGUCCGCUCACAUCCACCCGGCCUGCCUCCCCAUGCACGGACAGACCUUCAGCCUCAAUGAGACUUGCUGGAUCACGGGCUUUGGCAAGACCAGGGAGACAGAUGACUUCCCCCUUCCUGAGGGAGGUGCAGGUCGGCCUCAUCGACUUCAGGAAGUGCAACGACUUCCUGGUCUACGACAGCUACCUCACCCCCAGGAUGAUGUGUGCGGGGGACCUGCGGGGCGGCCGCGACUCCUGCCAGGGGGACAGCGGGGGGCCCCUGGUCUGCGAGCAGAAUGGCCGCUGGUACCUGGCAGGGGUCACCAGCUGGGGGACGGGCUGCGGCCAGAGGAACAAGCCCGGCGUGUACACCAAAGUGAUGGAGCUCCUGCCCUGGAUAUACAGCAAGAUGGAGAGCGAGGUGNNCCUCCGGAAGCCCUGAGCGGCCUGCCUACCUCACCCGCUGCUGGAGGCUGCGAGGCCGGCCAUGCGGCACCUGGCUCAGGCCACCGGACCCUUCUCCGCCGCUCCCUGCCUGCUGCUCAGCGGACAUGCAAUGUGUGUGUGCAUGUGUGUGUGCAUGUGUGUGUGUGCUUGGGGUUGUGUGCAUGCAUGUGUGCACGUGUGGGUUGUGCAUGCGUGUGCUUGCAUGUGCUUGCUCUCCCAAGAUCUUCAGAAACCAGGAGGGCGGUCAGCUCUUCCCAAACCCCAGGCUGGACACCUGGGAACCACAGUGUGGCGCCUGGAGACACCCACAGGUGUGUCCCGCGGAGGAGACGCGCCGGGAAGGGCCUGGAAGGUCACGUCGGGAAUUGUCACCCCUCUCACCUGGACUCGGAGACUGGCCCAGAACACGCAGCCGCCGGCAGCCCGGUGACACCAGCACGUCCGGGGUGGUGACGGUCUCGUCG